AUGUCUCUUCCUACUAGGCGCCUUGGAACCGAUGGCCCCCUCGUCACAGCCAUUGGCUUUGGUGCGAUGGGCAUCAGCGCUUACUAUGGCGCCACGGAGUCUGAUGAGGAGCGUUUCAAGGUUCUCGACCAUCUCUACGAAACUGGAGAAAGAUUCUGGGACACUGCCAAUGUUUAUGGAGACAGCGAGGAACUCAUUGGCAAGUGGUUCGACCGCAACCCCGAAAAGCGGAAGGAUAUUGUUCUAGCAACCAAAUGGGGGAACCUGGGCGGAGGCAAGGCUGAUAAUAGCCCCGAGUAUGCAAAGGAAUGCGCCGAGACGAGUUUGAAGCGUCUUCGAACAGAUUACAUCGAUCUGUAUUAUGUCCACAGAGUUGAUUCCAAGGUUCCCAUUGAGAACACUGUAGAGGCCAUGAUCGAGCUCAAGAAUAAGGGCUGGGUUCGGCAUUUGGGUCUCUCCGAGGUUUCGGCCGAAACACUAAGAAGAGCCCAUGCUGUGCAUCGCAUCGCUGCGGUUCAGAUGGAGUACAGCCCUUUUGCGCUGGAAAUCGAAUUGCCAGAGACGAAUAUGCUCAAGACAUGCCAAGAGCUCGGCGUCGCUGUUGUCGCCUACUCUCCUCUCGGCCGAGGGUUUCUGACUGGACAGAUUAAAGGGCCUGAGGAUUUCGAAGAAGGAGACUUCCGAAUCAACAUCCCUCGCUUCUCUCCCGAAAACUUUCCCAAGAACCUGGAACUGGUUGACACUCUGAAAGAGAUUGCAGCUCGGCAUAAUGCCACGAACUCGCAACUGGUCCUUGCCUGGCUCUUGAAGCAGUGGGACAUGGUCAUUCCGAUCCCAGGAACCAAGAGGAUCAAGUACUACGACGAAAACAUGGGAGCGCUGCGGCUGAGCAUUAGCGAUGAGGAGAAUGAAGAGAUCAGGAAAGCUAUCAACAAGACAGCCAUUGUUGGAGACAGGUACCCUCCAGGCUGGAGCGCAUCUCUGUUUACGGACACUGUUCCGCUGAAGGAAUAG